UAAAAAUGGCAGGUAAAGCUUCGACGACGGUGGACACUCGAACAGAAUUGAUUGAGCUUGUAAGGAGACGAGCUGAAAUCGCGGAUACUCUAGCCAACCUUGAGCGACAAAUCUAUGCUUUUGAAGGAAGUUACCUAGAGGACACUCAGCUCUAUGGAAAUAUCAUCCGAGGCUGGGACAGAUACCUCACAUCAAACAAAUACACAGACAGUAAAGCAGACAAGAGGAAUCGAAAAUACAAAGAAGCUGAUCGGCUGUUUUCAAAAUCAUCAGUUACUUCUGCUGCAGCGGUUAGCGGUGUAGCUGAUCAACAGCCAGAAAAAAGUCUAGGAGAUUCAUCCCCAUCACCAGAUUCUCAGAAUAACCAGAACUCGGCCAAUACGCCGACAUCUCAGACAAAUGGCCAGACACUGAACCACACUAACAAUGACCAGAGCAUUCCCGCACAGACAACACAUUCAGGAAAAGUCAUGAAGGCCACUGCCAAAUACAAGAAAGGCAGAAUGAAAGCAAAACAUCGACUGGAAGCCAGAUCACGUAAAGGAAAAGAAAGUGGCGACUGAAGGAUAAAAUCAUAAAAGGAGUGAUACUUUUUAAAAUGAUGGCAUCAUGUGUAACAGUAAGAAAUGGCACCGUACCUUACAAGUGUUCUUCAAGAGUGUACAUCUGAUUCCUUUCUGUUUGGAAAUAGUGACUGUGAUAUUGUUGAUCUUUUCCACAUACAUCUUGCAUUCAGUCACCAGGACCAAUGAUUAAUGAAAAGUACAAUCUACUGUUGUCUUCGGAGGCUUGAAUGUAGCCAGUCUGAAGAUAUAUUUGAGACAUGGAUGCAUUUUUUAAUGCUGUUUGAACAUGUAGAAUAGUAAAAUUUAGUCUUGGCAUUGCAUGUGCUAUCCUGUCUACGGGAUGGUGCAUAUAAAAGAUCGCUUGCUACUAAUGGAAAAAAAUGUACAUGUACCAGGUUUCCUUUCUAAGACUAUCUGUCAAAAUUACCAAAUAUUUGACAUCCA